GCCCGCUGCCGGUCACGUGGCAGCGGUCACGUGGCGCCCAUCAUGGCGGCCUCCAUGGCGGCGAGCGGCGGCUCCGUGACGCGGCGGCUGUUGCGGGGAGCGGUGCGGGGCCUGAGCGGCGGCGGGGCCGCGGCGGAGGAACCGGAGGCCGCCGUGGUGAACGUCGUUUUCGUGGACCGGACGGGGCGUCACGUCCCGGUGCGGGGCCGCGUCGGGGACAACGUGCUGCAUCUGGCGCAGCGGCACGGGCUGGAGCUGGAGGGCGCCUGCGAGGCCUCCCUGGCCUGUUCCACCUGCCACGUCUACGUCAGCGCCCCCCACCUCGACCGGCUGCCGCCCCCCGACGAGCGGGAAGAUGACCUGCUGGACCAGGCCCCGCAGCUGCAGGAGAAUUCCCGCCUGGGCUGCCAGAUCGUGCUGACGCCGGAGCUGGAGGGGGCCCACUUCGUCCUCCCCAAAGUCACCCGCAAUUUCUACGUGGACGGGCACGUCCCCAAACCCCACUGACGGCGGGGGGGGGACCUCCGGGACCCCCCCCCCCCCAGCGGGAUGAACCCCUCCAAACAGGACAUGCCACCCCCCCCUGCCAAACAAGCAGGAUGCAGCCCCUCGAGGUGGCGGGGACCCCCCCGAGCAGGAGACGCUGUGGGACAGUGACGGUGACACCGCAGGCGGGGGGGUGCAGUCGUGGGUGGGGGGUGACAGUGGGCUCUGCCCCGCCCCCCCGCGCCCCCCCCCGCCCUGGAUUUGGGAUAACAAAUGUUGCGGCUCGUUAAUAAUAAAUCUCAUCUGAGCGGUG